GGCGUUGGACGCCAUAGGGAGCCGGCAGGAAAGAAACCCAGAUCCGACGGCGUCCCGGAUAUUUACUUUUUCCCCUCUCCGAAGAGAUCUCUCCUUUCACCAAAAAAAAAAAAAAGAGAUCUCUCCAGGAGUAUUCACGGGAGAAGAAAGGGAAGCCAGAAUGGAGGAAGAAGGAAAGCCAGAUGCCCAGCUAUUCCAGCUUCUAUCCACGCUCCUCCAACAGGUAGAAUCAUUGAGCAACCAAGAAGAAGUAGAACUGCGUGCCAAGAUAGAAGCACUGGGUCUAGAGGUCACCAAGGUUCCACAAAAACCAUCCAAGCAUCUUGAUGAGCUGGAAAUAGCUGCAGAGUUAGACAAGCUCUCCACCAAGCUGGAUGAUGUUGACAAGAUGAUAUCCUCAACCAUGGCUGCUGACCCACAGGUAAAGUCCCUCUUGAGCAGCACAGCGGAUGUCUGGAUGCCAGUUAUAACUGCAAAUGCUGAUGAAAGGCGCAGUUUUGCUGGAACAAAUGGUGAAAGCAGUCAAGAGCAACAGGAUUUGCCUGACCAUUGACUUUGUGAUGUGCAGCAUCUAAGUGGUUCCUUUCUUUUAUCUGGAUACUUUAUUGCGCCGAAGCCUGGGCAGCCUGGGCAAUGCAUCUUUAUAUGUCUAAUGUCUUAACAGAGUUAAUUAUUGAUUAGAAUUCUGAGGUUCAUUUGCCAUGUGGUCAGUUGCAUUUGGCUGAGGGUUGAUGUUUUCUCCAUGUUGUUUAUAUUUAGGUAGCUGCUUCAUAGUUUCAAGCAAGUGCUAUGUGAUAUAAAAUUCAGCUA